AUGGAAGACCUAGCAAUUAGGUUCGUCAGGAUCAGUGUGUUUGGGAUUCUACUGUAUAAUCCCGCCACACACAUACAGACGCAAACUGCCCUAUAUGCGUGUAUAAUACAGAUGGCGUUGGUAGAAGAACAAGGCGCGGGCGCCGCCGCCGACGAUCCCGAAGCCUUGCUCAACGAAUGGCUCGGCGAGCUCACCGUACUUACAGCGCAAUGGAUAGUAUCGUGCGUGGUUGAAAGAGGUCGCGUCACGUUGCGUAGGGCGCGGGGCGUGGGUGCGUGCGUGUGGCGCGCCGCCACCGCCAGUACGCGGCUUCGGGGCUCGGGGCUCGAGUCGAGGGGACUCACGCACACUAGUGCGCGGGCCCCGUCCACUCAUUCUGGAAUCAAACAACGUAGCGUAGCGGGCCGCGCACACGUGCGCAAGUCACAAAACACGGUUGCCGCUUGUCUACUUGCCUCCCCCCUGCGCUGCUGCCUGCCUCUGCGAGCGGCCGACUCAGCGAGCGCUCAUGCUUCAUUUUGUAAUACUACUCACUUCACUGUGCUCUGCACUGCCUAG